AUGCCGAGCAGCAGCAGCAGCAGCAGCAGCGACAGCAGCAGCAGCAGCAGCAGCGACAGCAGCAGCAGCAGGAACAGCAGCAGCAGCAGCAACACCUGCAGACGCAGCUGGAGACUGGACAUCCAGAGCUAUGUUCAGAUAAGGGGCUCCAUACCUCUUUUGUGGCAGCAGCCUCCGACGCUGAGCUGGUGUCCCCCCUCCCGCUUGGAGGCCUCAGAGCAAGACCAUGAGGCUGCAGCAAAGCGCCACUUUUCCUCGCUAGUCGCGCGCUAUGGCACGGUGGAAGCAGUUAACUUGGUGGACAAAAAGGGCUGGCAGAGAACCUUGGGAGACAAGAUGGAAGCAGUUCUUCAGCAUAUUGAGAAUGUCAGCCACACCUGGUUUGAUUUUCACGCGGAGUGCAAGAACAUGCGGUGGGACCGCCUCAGCAAGUUGCUGCAGCAGCUGCAGCAGCAAAUCGACAGCCAGGGGUCUCUGCGGGUUUUGCUGCUGCCUGAAGAGAUAGCAGCAGCAGCAGCAGGAGACUGUCCCGUGCCUGGGUGGCAGGUGGCGCAGGUGUACAGACAGCAGAGGGGAGUCAUGCGGACCAACUGCGUGGACUGUCUAGACAGAACAAGUGUAGUUCAAAGUGUCUUUGGUCGAGUUGUGCUGCAGAAGCAGUUGGCGGCCUUCAGUGCAGCAGCAGCUCCUGCAGCAGCAGCAGCAGCUGCUGCUGCUCACGACGCUGCAGCAGCAGCUGCUGCUGCUGCUGCAGACGAACCCUUCGCCCCCAUUCGGGUCUCUCCUGCUGCUGAAGAAAUCUUCAGGACUCUCUGGACCUCCAACGCAGACGCGCUCUCUAUUCUUUAUUCAGGUGCCGCCACUGCAGCAGCAGCAGCAGCAGCAGCAGCAGCAGCACAGCAGCAGCAGCAGCAGCAGCAGCAGUGUGGGGUGCUUUGCGUGGGUGGACUCGCAGGGACUCCGGCCUUAAAGACAGAUUUCACAAAAACGGGAAAGCGCUCAACUUGGGGAGCGCUCAAGGACGCGAAAAACUCUUUCUGCAGGCGCGACGACUGCAUAGACGUGCCGCUGCUGCACAAGCAGCUGCAGCAGCAGCAGCAGCAGCAGCAGCAGCUGAGGCAGCAGCAGCGCCUGCUGAUGGGGCUGCAGCAGCAGCAGGGGCAAAUGCACUACGAAAUGCAGGAACGGCAGCCACAGCAGCAGCAGCAGCAGCAGCAGCAGCAGCAGUACCGCCAGCCGCUGGAGCAGCAGCUGCAGCAGCCGCAGCAGCAGCAGCAGAUGCAGGAGCAGCAAAUGCCAGAGCAGCCGCAGCAGCUGCUGCAGCGGCAGAAGAUCAGCAGCACGAGCGAGGGGCAGGGCUGA